UCGAACUGGUGUGUUCAGCCAGAUACUUUACCACUGAGCUACGAGACCUCUUAUGCUCGUUAACAGAAAACACAAAAACACUGAUUAACGCAAAACCUAACCAUCUGUGGCUCUCUCCUUAUUUUCCCGCCUCUCCUCGCGCACAUAGCAACGAAGAAGAAUCAACCGCUGCAAAUAACAAAAAGAUGGCGGAGACACAGCACGGCAUCAAAUACGCCACUCACAUCAUCACCAAUCACUUUGGCAAUCUCGUCGCUAAAGUAUGUCAAUGUCUACUCCGCAAAGGACCUCUAACUGUGCAAAAAGUAGUUGAAUUCACGGAGCUAAACCAGACGCAAGUGAAGAACAGUUUACUCGUCUUAAUCCAACACAAUUGCGUUCAAGCUUACCGUUCUGGAGAUGACCUAAAACUAACUACUCAUUACAUCGCUUUGUUUGAUAACAUUCUUCAUCGUGUUAGAUUUUCUAAAUUCUUGGCCAUUAUCUCACAGGAUUUCCAUAAAUCGUGUGUCGAUAUUGUUGAGGGUUUACUUGAACACGGUAGGCUUACUGUGAAGCAAAUUGUUGAUAGAGCCAACUCAAGUCAAAAGGAAGGAAAUAGUAUAGGCCUCGAUUCUGUAAAAGAAAACCUUUGUAAACUUGUAAAUGGACGUUACAUUGAGCACUGCCCUGCCUCAGAACCGGUUCUUGCACCACCUACUGAAGAAGAGGAUCGUGCGAAGAAGCGAAGUGCUAAGUCUGCUAAGAUAGUCAUAGAAUCAGAAACCUUAGAACAACGUGUUCUAGCAGUAGCUGUACCUAUGGAUGCAAAAAGAUUUUCAGUUGAUCUAGAUACUGAGCUAAAAGAUGAUGCAGAAAACGAUCAGAAUAAAUCAUCUGACAAACAUGUUGGAGACAAGCGCAAGCUUGACGCUUCAGAGCCUAAUAUAGAUGGAGAGGUCGCAGAAGAUCAAGUAGUUCUUUGGCGUGCCAAUUUUGAGGAAUUUAUUCGUAGGCUUAGGCAUAAGGCUUGCAUUGAGAAUGUUAGAGGACGGCUAGAUGAUGGAGCAGCCAUUGUCUUAAGCGCAAUGCUAGAUGCAUCUAGAACUGAAGAGAAGAAAGUGAAAACAGCAAGUUCAGUUCCAUUGUCGUUGAAUUCCAUUUAUGAAGAGGUAAUCAAAAAUGAAAACGGUCGAAACAUGACCAUUGAUCAUAUUGAAUCUGCCCUUGGUCAGUUGGGUUCUCCUCCACCAUUUGUAAAGGCGGUUGAAGAUUUAUAUACUAUAGAUUUUAAGCAUAUUAUUGAAGCAGCUCAGAGUGAUGAGGUGGAGUCAAUUGUGUUGAAAAGAUAUGGGAGGGAUGCUUAUAGAAUUUUCAGGUUACUGUCAAAGGCUAGUCGCCUACUUGAAACUGACAAGAUUUCAGAUACAAUAUUUGUUGAAAAGAAGGAAACAACAAAGAUUCUCUAUAAGAUGUGGCAGGAUGACUACUUGCUUAUGGAGAAAUUAGUUGCGGGGACAGCAACAUUCUUGCUGUGGAAGGUAAACAAGCAUACUCUUUGGAAACAAGUACUAGAUGAAAUGUUUCACGCAUCCUUAAAUUUGAGCAUCCGAGUGGCUUACGAGCUGGAGCAGCAAAAGGAGAUUCUAAAUUUCGCAGCAGACAAACGCGAGGGGCUGAUGAAAGAAAAAUACGAGAACCUUAGAAAAAUGAGAUUUCUGAUGGAGUCCUCACAGAUGAAGCUUGAUGAUGCUAUUAUGCUUUUUCAUGACUUCUGAAGUGCAUCUGAUGUUUGUAAUAUAUUUUUAUUAAUUUACACUCACUUGAAUAAAUUAUUAAUUAAUUUUUUUACCUUUUUUUUU